AAGUAUCUAAGGAAACCGCUUCAGUUCACACACCAUCCAAGAGCGCUUGAGUGGUUAACUGGUUAAUUAAGAACAGGUGAGUUAAAUCUUAUUAAAACGAACUUUUCUAACACGUCAGAAGGAAGGAGACAAACUCGCUUGUCAAAGUUGGCAGUUUUUUUUCCCACGCGUCAUUCUCUAACUAGUCGUAUCUUAUAUAAGAUUUCAGCAAGGUCAAUGUAACUGAUAUUCGAAAAAAGGCUAAUUUGAAUUGAAUGUUUAACUAUUUACAUCAUUUUUUGUGCGCUAUUAAUCAAAUGGAAAUAGUGUUGGAACGUAAUCAGAACAGUUGAAGUCACUUCUAACUGGCUUAGAAAAGCAUAAUUAAUAGGUAUUAACCAAAUAUUAGACAUCGCAUAACAUUCAAAAAACCGACAUUAAUCUCACUCAUUCAAAAAGUAGAACUUAUUGUUCGUGCACUUCGAUUUUCUUUUGUCCAACCGAAUUGCUUAUAGAGAGACGCCUAUGAAUAGUAUAAGCCUACACAGAACGUUGUUUGGUCAUGUUUGUUUCUCUUUUUCAUAAUUUCCUUUUCAUAAGUACAAGUCUACUGGAUUAUAGAUUAAUUAAAGAUUGGUGUUUUCUCCUUUUUAAAUAUGGAAUGAAGAAUAAGAAUGAAUUAUAUUAAUAUAUUCAAAUUGAACAUAUUAAUUUUAUCUUUUAUUUUCUCUCUUUGUGAAUUUAUUUGAAGAAUUUCAAAAUUUUUGGCGGUGAUUGACACUUUAUUCAAUAACAUAAAUUGCUAGGUUAAUACGUGGCUAAGGGCCGAAUAAAUCCGGAUUUAAAAAAAAAUAAAUCAAAGGAAAUCACUUAAUUCCCGGCAGUUUAUACUUUUUUUCUAUUAUUUGCUUAAGAAUAUAAUGCUCUUCAUACUCUUCACUCCGUAAUCUUACUUUGUUUUUGUUUCUUCUCUUAAAAGUAUUCUUUAGUAUUGUAGUUACUAUCAUUAUUUUCAUUUUUAAACAGCAAAUAUGGGAGGAUACGAAUACACGAAACCUAGACAACCUAUUAUGGCUGAAUAUAAUAGCCCAGGUCCUGCAACUUAUUCCUUGCCGUCUACCAUUGGUUCGCAAAGCCAUGAUUUUACUAGAGAAAAAAGACCGUCUUGGAAGUUUGGUAUAAGGCAUGGAAAACUGUCUACCAAUUCUAGUCCUGGACCUGUUUAUUCCUUGCCAUCAGAAGUAACUAGAACAGGAAAGGACGGGGCGCCCUGUUUUACACAGAAGUCUAGACCGAAAACACCAAAGACAUUUAAAGCGCCUGGAGCGGGCUCUUACUCGCCUGAGAAAUCUGGACCUUCGGCUUCACCAAGGGCACCAGCCUACACUAUGGGAAGCAGAACCAAAAUGAGAAAGGAGGAUAAGAACCCUGCACCCAACAACUAUAGCUUACCUUCGCUCUUGGGUAGAUCGAUCGAAGCUGGAAAGGAACAAGCUCCAAAAUUUAGUUUAUAUUCUAGACCAAAAAUAGGAGGCUUUGAUGAAGAUCUGCAAAAAACACCUGGACCUGGAAAUUAUAACGUAACUGAUCCCAAUGUUUUUAAGUCUAGAGAGCCGUUAUACAGGUACAAAACAAUUGAAUAUCCAAUUAAAGGUAAUUAUUUGCAAAACAAUUAUCUAAAAAAAAAUAUCAAACACAGCAUGACAAGCAGACAUGUUCCUCCUGGUGAUGCAACAAGAAAGCCAGGACCAGGUCAACAUUCUCCAGAGAAAGUUAUUAUUCACAAGAAACAGGCGCCAGCCUUUUCUUUCGGCAUUCACCACAGUCCUUACACAGUUCCUGCAAUUUUCGCUGCAGUUGACGAAUGUUGAAAUAAAGAUAAAACUUAAACAAGAACAAAACAGAACAAAAAGCAAAGUGAUAUUCAUAAAGAUGAAGAUGGAGAAGAGAAUAUGUGUGGUUUUCAUAUAUUAAUAAACAGUAUAUGUAACUUUUAUUGUAAUAUUAUUUUUAAUUCGUUUAAAGAAGUAAAACUUAGAAAAGAAAAAUAUUUUUCCUCCUUGAGCACACCAGCUAAAGUAUUAAAAAAAUAAGUAUUAAAAUUCCCUAUGGCAUUUUUUUAUUGUCUGUCUUUUAUUGUUUAUUUGGUUAUUUUUUGUUUAUUUCUUCGCUUUGUUCUUUCAUUUAUUAUAAAAACUAUGCGUUAAUAUAUUUCACUUGCUGAUAAAAUGUUUGGUUUUUGUCUUCCUAUCAGUCUAUCUGGCUGUCUGUCGGCGUGUCUUUCUCUGUGUGUGCGUGAACGUCUCUCUCUCUCUCUCUGUCUUUAAAGUAAAUAUGUUACUUUUAAAGCACUGUGAUCAUAAUACAAAAAAAUCUUGCAGAUAUAAUUUAUUGAUGAAAUUGGAAAUGAAAUUUAUCGAUUAGGUAAUCGAUUAUAUCGGAAUUUAAUUGACG